UUUUUUUCACUUAAUGACGCUUAAUUUAAUUUCUUAUCGGAUCCUGUAGGGGAUUAUUCAUUCAUAUAAAACAAUCUGCAGCUGCUGCCACUCCAACUCUCCCUCCUUUUGACUGAAGUCAUCUAUUAUUGAGCGAAAGGCCGUGCAUGGAAAGUAUGUGCAAGGCGAUGGAUUUGAAGUAGAAUUGGUUGCAAUCGAUCAAGGGUGAAGAAUAUUCCUGAUGGUAACAAAGGAAGCAGCAAUGUCUUUCUCGCAGUUUGGAUAUCCUUACAAUGCAACUUCCCAGUUUUUCGUGUCGGCAAACCCCAGUACGACUUGCUGCGAUUCGAUUUCCAGGUCGGUCUCUGACGGGACAGGCAGCUCUCAGACCGCCGCAGCUGCCGCCUCCUUCUGCUGCCCCUCCUACGAGAACCGGCUCCUGGCCAGCAGCCGGACGGAGCUGAACGCAGCUCUGGGGAUGUACGGCUCUCCAUACGCGGCUGCGGCAGCAGCCAGCCAGAACUACGCCAGCUACUUUCCCUACAGCACCGACCCAUCCGCCAUCUACUCCACUCUGAAUCCACAGUAUGACAUUAAGGACAGCACAGCCUCUUUACACUCUGGGAUUACUCAAACUGCUGCUUACUAUCCUUAUGAUCACUCACUGGGGCAGUAUCAGUAUGACAGAUAUGGGACAGUUGACUUUAAUGGCACAGCUAGAAGAAAGAAUGCUACGCGUGAAACCACCAGCACACUAAAAACAUGGCUGUAUGAGCACCGUAAGAACCCUUACCCCACCAAGGGAGAGAAGAUCAUGUUGGCCAUCAUCACCAAGAUGACCCUAACCCAGGUGUCCACCUGGUUCGCCAACGCCAGGAGGAGGCUAAAGAAGGAAAACAAGAUGACCUGGUCACCAAAGAAUAAGGCCAAUGAUGACAGAAAAGAGGACUUUAAUAAGAGUGAACAAGACAGUGUCACCAAAGAUUCCAGUGACUGCAAGGAAGAGAAGGAGUUGCACCUGAGUGACCUGGAGGACAUGGAUGAGGACGACUGUGACAAGCUGGACAGCGACUGUGAAAAGGUGGCAGCUAAUGAGCAGGACCUUCAGAGAUCCAUGGUUACAUCUGGAGAUCCUCCAAAAAGAGACUGUAGCUCCGAGCUACACCUGAGCUUAACAAACAGCUUCCACGCGUUCCCCUGUGCCAUCAAAGGUGUCACUACCCUCCCCCCUCUCCCGUCAGAUUUCAUGGAUCCGGUUGUGUCCAAGGCAAUGCCCGGAAGUGUCCCGUCAGCAGGAAUGCUAUCCCUGUCUCAUUUUGAAUCACCAGACAAGCCACGGAUUUGGUCCUUGGCCCGUACUGCAGCUUCCGGGGUCAUACUAAGCCCUCAGCAACAUGGCUCAGAACUUAGGACAGCAGGCCUACCUGGGGAAUGUCAGCUACAGAGCAACAGACUUCCUGGGGCUCCUCCUGGACAAUGUGGGGCCUCAAGAGGCCUCCAUGAAACAAACAGUGUCACAACUUCAGAAAGCUCUUUCUCCGAGGGCUCAUCCUUGCACUCAAAAGUUUAUGGCACAAGUAGCUACAGUCACAAGGGCCUCCAACUACAAAGUUCAUCCUAUGAUGCACUCCCAAAUACUUGCCAGUACACAGCAAUUGAAGAAUUCUCUUGUGACAAGGUGGAGAUUCACUCGUCUGACCUGGAGGAAGCCUGUGGGACUGUGCAGAACAGCAAGGUCACUGCAUUCAGACCAGUCAUGAAGAGGUGAAGCAGAUUGCUGGAGCUUGUCCAACAACGUUAAAACGGGACAUUUUUUUAUGCACUAAAAGACACUGGCCAGGGCGGCCUCAGACUGAACAGCUGGCUCUGCUGCAGUGAGAACUGUCAGACUGUGGACGGGUCUACCAUUUUGCACAACGUUCUUUUUAAUGGCGAUACAAAAGACUUUAUGCAAAAAAAAAAAAGUACAAAAAUAUCUUAAGACUCAAGUGUAUGACCACUGCCCAAAAUAUUACGGGCUGAAUUUGUGUAUGGCAAUCGUGACGUGUAGCAUAAUUAUUUAUUUCUCUGUGUAUUUAUCAUUUGUUUUUUUGUUAUUAAGGCUUUUUUUUUUUUAUUUAUUAUGUUCCUCUGACCUUUUUUAAUGUGCGUUUUGCGUCCUUUUUGUGUGAUUUAAAAUGAGAAAUAUUGGAAUUAUUGAAUUUAUAAAUGAUUGGAUCUGCUGUUUGGUGGAUUAAUGUGAUUUUUUUUUUUACUAUUAUUAUUAUUUAUUAUGUUAUUGUGCUGAAAUGUAUACCCUUCCUCUGUUUGUCAUUAGGGAAAUUUUCUAAUACAUGUUUUUUUUUUCUUUUCCAAGA